AUGGGCCAGGCGCUGUCCCUGCUGCCCCCGCGCAAGUCGCCUGCGGUGGAGGCCUCCGCCGCCGCCUCUGCCGCCGCCGGCGAGGUGGCUGCCACGCUGCCCCGGGCAGAGAUCGAGCGCCCCACGUUCCAGGACCCAGACCUCUGGCUGAUAGUUGGCCUGGGCAACCCCGGGCCGCAAUUUGCGGGCACGCGGCACAACGCCGGCUGGCUGGUGGUUGCUGCGGUCGCCCGUCUGCUGGAUGUGGCGGUGGAUCGCUUCCAGGCAAACGCAGAGGUGGCGCGCAGCCGGCUGGCGGGCAAGAGCGUCCUGCUUGCCAAGCCGCUGACGACCAUGAACCUAUCAGGCGAGGCGGUGGCCGGCCUGGCCGACUUUUACCAUAUCCCGCCGGAGCGUGUGCUGGUUGUGUAUGAUGACUUGGACCUGCCCACCGGCACGGUGCGGCUGCGGCCCAGGGGCGGCCCAGGGGGACACGGUGGCAUGAAGAGCGUUGCAGCUCACCUGCAAGGGGACAACUUCCCCAGGAUCAGGCUAGGCAUCGGGCGGCCCCCAGCUGGCACAACCGUGCUCGACCAUGUGCUGCAGGAUUUUGGAGAGGCGGAGCGGCUGCAGGUGGAUGCGGCAGUGCAGCAGGCUGUGGGAGUCAUUCGUGCGGUGCUGAGUGUGGGCCUGGAGCGAGCAGUGAGCGGGGUACGAGUGGACGCAGCUGGCAGGGCCCUACCUCCGCCGCCGCCGUCGUCGGUCGCGGGGGGCCAGCGGCAUGCGGCCACUGCAGCAGCGGCUGGGGAGCAGCAGCGGGCGGAAGCGGGAGCGGAAGCAGCGGAGGGGCAGCGGGCGCAGGAGAGUGAGGAGCAGGGUGCGGCAGCAGCGGGAGAUGCGGCAUUGACAGCAGGAGCGGCUGGAUAG